CUUAACGUACAUGAUUCUGUUGCACACAAAUGAGGAGCUCUCGGACGACACCGGACUCCAGUAAAAGAUGCCAAGUCUAAUCGGAUGCACUUCACAUCUGUGCUGCCUGUGUGAACACAGCCUCAGAUUCUAGGUGUGCUAAGAGCUGUGUCAUCAUAAACAAUCCAGAGAUGAGUGAUGUAUCAGUGAUGAGCAGCGAAGGCUCGUCUGACCGGUGCAGGACGGUGGUGGUUGCUGGAGUUCCUGAUGUGAUGUCCAGUGAGCGAAUGAGUGAUAAACUCACCAUCCACUUUCAGAGCACAAGGAGCCAGGGAGGGGACGUGAAGGAGGUGCAGUACCCAACUCACCUCAAGGGCGUGGCCUUCAUCACCUUUGAGGACUGGCAAGAUGCAGACAGGGUGGUCGGGUUUAACCAAAUGCUGAAAGAUAAAGAGUUUGAUGAAGAAUUUCCUCUUACUGUUUACAAGUUUACUCCAGAGGUCACCUUUUAUGCUUAUGCUGACAUGGAUUUGUCACUCUUUCCUGACCUUUCGACAUUGAUCGCGAACAUGAGGUCCACCUACAAGUCGGUGCGGUUCGAGCCCUCCCUGACCAAAGUAGGAUUCGUCACAGCAGAAGGUCCAUUUUCUGCCCUUCGAGAGCUGCGGAAGGACCUGCUCAGUCGUGCCCAGACUCUCAGAGACAUGCAGCCGAGCCCAGACAAGGCUGGACCUUCCAGAUCGGUGGUGGAAAGAAACAACGGCACAGAAGAAACUGUGUUGUUAUGGCUGGACACUCAUGUAUACACGUACAUUCAGAUGCUGGACAAGAAGGAGUGGGACAAAUGUGUGGGCAGGUAUAAUGUGACAGCUCAAGCAGUCAGUACAGGUGAUCUAACCCAAGUGGAGUUACAUGGCACAUGUGAUUCAUCUGCACUGACCGCUACUCAAAGAGAGUUGGAGAUGCUAGUGGCUGGAAGGCAGGAUGUUUUACGCACUCACCGCAUAGACUGCAGUGGUAGCGACCCGAGUGUUAGGAAGCGGAUACUACAAGCUUGUGAAUCUGCACGGGAUACUUAUAGAGAUGUAUGUUACAUUCCUACCAGUGCUUGCAUUGAAGUCAUCGGCCCCUCCCUCUCCAGCCACCUGUUCUGUGAGAGUGUGAAGAAAGCAACCGAUGGUUCAUGGGUGUGAGCAGAUGGACUGAAAGAUAGCACAGAAUCAGGUCAUAUAAGGCAAAUAGGGCAUUUGUAUAUCUUAAAUUGUAACCCUUCAAUUCCUCACCGUUGUAUGGAACAAUUUGUCUAUGCUUGGUUAAAUUGCACAUUUGGAUGAUUUUCUGAGUGAAAAUAAGUUAAAACAACCUCUACAAAGAGCACUAAUUUUAUAUUUAGACCCCCCCCAAAUACAUUAAACUAAAGUGUAAUAUUCAGGUUCCCUGUGGAGGAUGUGUUGACUCAUUUUCACUUAGGAAAUCAACAAAACAUUUAAGUUGAUUGGGAAUGUGUUACAUACUGUACCUAUCUGACACAUUUUCAUAAUAGAUAGUGAAUAAUUAUCUGCUAAUUCCACCAAUAUUUCAAAUUUAGUUCAUAUUUUAAUCAUUAAGAUCAAUCAUUCAUUAAGAAACAAAGUCAUUCUUGUGUGAUUUGGAUUAGAGUGAUUUGGUGUGAAAUGUGCUGUGCUGGAAGAACCUGUUCACAUUGGUGGUGAUAGGAACCAGACGUCUGAAGCAUUUAAAGCAUUUUUUAAAUCUCUGCAUAAUUGAAUCACCAAGAUGGAAACAAAGUUAUUCAGAGUGGUUUGUUGUGAAAUGAUUCAUUUGCAGAAACUUCCAGAUUCUGCUUUCUUUACAGAGGCGGUGAUGGGAAGCAGGGGUUGCAAAUAUAGCCGUUUUUUUACUUUCCAAAACCACCAGUGAACAUAUGCAUCCUCUCAGUUUUAUGCGUAGUGUUAAUGAUGGCAAAAGAGUGUUAAAUCUGGGGGAAAAAAAAGUUUUCUUUGUGGACUGUUUAGCCUUACAGCACCCUCUGCCAUGCAUGGACUUAAACCAACAUACAGAACAACAGCAACAUAAGUGCAGGCCAAGGUCUCAUCUCAAAACUCAUAAAUCGUAAAACAUUGUCUGAGGCAUCAGGCAGUGUAUUCAUAACCAUUCAUAACCAACUGUGUAUUAAGUUUUUGUGACAUUGCCUUUACAGGCAUUAAAGUCUUAAGACGUCUGGUUCCUAUCACCACCCCUGGAAACAAGUUUCUGUACAUUAGAGAAUUUCACAUAAAACCACUCUGAAUGGCUUUCUCUGAAUCUUAACCAUUUCUUUAUACAGAUUUAUUCUCCAAAGCUGAUGGAGUUUUCCUUUAUUACCACAAAAAGCUACCUCAUAGGAAGCCAUCGCGCAAAAUAGAUAUGAAUACGCUGCCUGAUGCUUAAAGCAUUGCUUUUCAGUAGUUUUGCAUCAAGGCAUUGAAAUGUAGUACCCAGUGAAAACUGUUUUUCUGUUUACCACUACGUUACCAUUAUCAACAUUACAUAUAAAGACACUUUUUAAGUGAUGAAAACACUCUGAGGCAACGUUCACAUUACCAGGUUGAAGUGGCACAAAUCCGAUUUUUUUGCCCUAAUGUUACUCAGAUCUGAUGUUUUCAAAGCUGUGUGGACAGACAAAUCUGAUCUUUUCAAAUCCAACCUGGGCCACUUUCAUAUAUGGUUUUCCCACUGUGCGUGCGCGGUCAUUCAGCGUUACCAUGGCAGCAGCGCCAAACGGAAGUUACCUGACCAGCCUGUAAAGCUGAUCGGAGUUGAUGAUCUUCUCAGCGAAGCUUGUUCUGACCGUUAGUUUGUCUGCUGAUGAUGCACGUGACUCAUUCACGAGUAGGAUGUGCGCAUGUGGGCCAUUUCAGGAUGCUGGUUCAUUCACAUUAAUGACAGAUUUGAGUCACUUAUCCAAACAAGUGUGAACCGUCCUGUCAGAGAGUCCGGGUUUGAGCAAGGAGGCCGGUAAUGUGAACGUAGCUUGAGAAACUCACCAAAAUAGGCUUAACAGGGCUAACAGUGAAAGAAAGCCAAUAAAGCUCAUUUACUUUCUCUAACUGUUAGCAACUGAAAUAUCAGUUAAAUGGAGAACCUAAUAGGCAGCCUUAUCGCAGAUAGGACCUCAUUUCAGUUACUCUCGCCACUUCUCCCUUGCAGACUCGGGGAAGUCCAGGUGGCAGGGUGGAGAGCUAUUAUUUUCCACUGGUUAGAUGGCAUCUGGUGGUUCCAUCUAAUGCUGCUCUACUGGGCAAUGUACGAUAAAAAGCUGUCUUUUCAGUUCCUGUUUGCCCCUGAAUUGCAAACAGAAGUGGUGUUAUUUUUAUUGUGUUGGGAGUCGACACAUUUUUAUGACCUCUAGACAAGGUGUGCUUCUUAGUGAAUCCAGUAGAGGGCACUCUAAGCCCAGGGCCUUAACUACACUCAGCCAAACCAGUAUACAGUAUCACUGGUUCUUGAUUGACAAAGAUGCCUAAUUCUUGUUAUGCAGCGACUGUACUGGUUUACUUUGUCUGCAUUAUUUGUGUUAUAUAGCUGUAAUCUUCAGACUACAGCUCCUGUUGAAACGAUGUUGACCAUGCAAGAAUAAAAGAAUGUGAAGUUAGGGAUGGGCAGUAUGGCCUUAUUUAUCGUAGUUUUAUAGAUAUUUUGAAAAAUGACUACAGUCACAUCACAUGUAAUCACAUCAGUACUUAAACAGCAUUGAACAACUACAUGUUCCAUUACAGAGACCAAUUAGGCCGUUUGAAUUGGGUUUAGUGCAGCUCAGUAUUGGAAAUGUUGAAUAAAAAUUGUUAUAAUCAUAGGUUUUGACUUUUAAAUGCUUUUAAUUUUGCCGUGUUGUCCAGUGCUAAAAAGUUGCUUAAGGUUGCUUAAAGGGCCACUCAAGUAUGGGCAAAAUGAAGUUUAGCUAUUGCUACUUAUAACUCGCGUCCUCUAGCAGCGCCGCAGUGGUCUAGUGUGAAAUUUUCCAAUGUUUUUUUGGGGCAAAUGUAGAAGCAAGGCACAUAAUUAACAGGAGGAUGAAUAUUGUACUACAGCUGUUUAACUGCAAUGACUGUUAGAUCAUCGUUACAGUGGAGAGAAUGGAUUAUUUAGCAGAUGUGACUCUUCUGAUGAAGACAAGCUAAAAGCUGUAGCCUCACCUCAGUUUACCGUACCUGAGUUUGGCUUCUUUUCUCAGGCUGAAAAUGUAAAAAAAAAAAUUUAAAAACUUAUCUGUGGUGUCCAUUUUGUGCUGAAUUAGCACAGAAAGUCUGUUUUCUUUAUGAAUUUGUUAGACAGUUGAGGUGAGAGCUACACUGAUGCUAACUUGGUUGUACGUAUUAGCCCAUAGAGUAGUUGCUAGGCUAGCAGUCAGAAGUGAUUGACAACACAGGGAUUUCUAAUGAUUAUAUGAUGGAUUUGUGCAAUAUGUGCUGGGUAUUCCAACCCGAGAACAUCACGUUAGUGGAUGAAAACAUGGCAAUGUUAGAAAGUCGUGAAUUCUGUCAAACUCAUGAGGCUGAAGGAUACGAUGCUAAGCUAGGUUACCUCAAAACACAACAGAUGGCACAGUUCUAGCGCAGAAUACCCCAUUAAAUGGCAUGCCUCAAUGAUAAACUAAAGGAGACGUCUUGCUCUUUGCCAGUUACAUAUUUUUGUACAUAUUUUGCUUCACUUUUUUGUUUUAGUAUGGUUACAUUGUUUUAGCUCCUGUUGAUUUGACUAUUAAGAUUUGACUAUUAUUCUGUGGGGUGUUUUUUCCUCAUGUGGGUGCUGUUGAUUGAAUAUUUGGGCCCAACGCUAGCCCUGGUCACAGUCUGCUCUCUGUUUAAUUUAUGUGGUCAUUUUUGCCCGUUUUCCACUUAAUUAAGUCCACAGUUAUUAGACAAAUUAUAAAAACAAAGCCAUUCGUCCUGCUCCGUAGAUAAGCUUGUAAUUGAUGCCUCAUUAAGACAGUCUACAGUAACAGCUGCUCUGCUAUCUCACACUAACACAUUUGUGCUCGUACUCUUAAUAUAAUAAACAUUCAUUUUGCUUACAAGUUGGUCUCAGA